AUGUACGGCUGCACACCCGGAGGUCCUGGACUCGAGUCCCGGGUCAGGCCAAGUUUAGUUAUUGAGUCUUUCUGUAUACUCGUAGUAAGCCCGUACCUCGGAGAGCACGUAAAGCCGUCGGUCCUGCGCCUUAACUCUCACCGGUCGUGUCGAGCAGUCGUUCCACCGGAGUAUGAGAGUGACAGGAAUAGAGAGUGCACGUUGUGUCUGCGCGUACACCGGUGCACUAUAAUAUCUCCUGCGCAGUUGGCUAGUCUCAAUGAGACUGGCCGCCGUGGCCGGAAUCGGUCAGGAGAACAUCAUUCAAAA